AUGAAAGCCAAAGGUGCACGUCCUGGUCCACACAGCUGCAGGGCAAGCGGCAAGGAGCUGGAUGCAGUGAGAGCAGGAACACGCACUGAGAAAGAAGCAAACCAAGGUGAAAGUUUGGGAAACACCGAAGAAUCGAACGUGGGAAAUAGUGUGAAGGGGGCAGGACAAAAGCCCUCAGGUCAUGCCCGUAGCUCAUGGACUGACCCUGAAAUCAGAGUCUUCCUGCAGGAGUGGGAAGUAGUUGAACAGGAAAUGGGCCACACAGGCAAGAAGAACCACAAGAAGACCAAGUUUCUUUGCCAGCGCCUCUAUCACCGGGGCCUGAAGAAGAGCUGGAAAAGCUGUUUCCACCUACUGCGGAGCUUGCAGGAUCUGCACAGGACUCUCUGUAACGAGAGACCAGGGAUUGAACCCUUGUUUUCUCCUUAUGCAGAGGCCCUGUACAGGAUCCUGGGCUCCAGUCCCCAGGAAAGCUGGUUCCCAGGUCCUCUCUAUGAUGGGGCUGGUGACUCCAUGCUCCCUGUGUACCCUCAACCUCCCAGGUACCAGCCCUCGGAUUAUGGCAUCACCGUUCCUUCUGCACAGCUUCAAGGGAAUCCACUGCCGAUGAUGUCGCAGGAGGAUUCCCCAUUUCCCACAUGGGAGCCCUGGAAUCCCAGCUAUCCAUUGUCAGUUCCACACCUACUUCCUGGCUUUGUCCCAGAAGACUCGAGCCUCCAGAAGCCAUGGUCAACCUGUGACACCUGUGAUUUACACCAAGAUCCCCAAUGA